AAUAAGAAGUCCAUUCAAAAUUCUCUUUUAGGAAAUUAGUUAUUAUUAUAUUCUAUAUUCUACAUACAGAAUUUUGAUACUGCGUAUGAAAACAUUUUUUUUUUUUUGUUUCGGCUACAAUCAACACGUUUAUAGUGGUAUCAAAUUUAAUAUUGAAUACAAGUGAACCACAUUCGCCAGUUAGUUUUCCUGAAUCUUUAUUCAACAAUAAAGAUCUAUUAAAAAUGUAUAUGAAAUCAGUUGCAGCUAUUAUGUUAGCUUACAUCCAUCUUUAUCAUUGCACCACGGUUGACAAUAGUAGGAUCAACGUGAAACCAACUGUUGACAGAGUAAGGGAAGUUAUACAGUCCGUUUCCGGUGUCGGUGGGCAAUCUAUUACCGCGGAGUCAAACUCUGGGCACGAGAAUCCGGUAGUGAAACCUGCAGGGUCGUCAACGACCGUACCACAAUCAGAAUUACUAAUAACCACCGCAGAACCAGUUACUACGGGUAGUGAGCCAAAUCAGCCAUCGGAGACAUAUGAACAAAACACGUGUAGCUGUUUGUGUAGUAUUAGUGACAUUUGUCAAGGUUGAUGAUGGCCAUUUUUGUCAUCGCGAUUGAAUUCUUUCUUAGUUUUCGUAAAAACGUCACUAAACACCCGGAAAUAAAACCUAUUGUGUGUAAAUAAAUAAUAAAAGUACUAUUUUUUUAUUUAAUUUUGUCUAAACUAGAGGACAAAAUUUAUUUUACAUUAUCCAACAACACUUUAUCGAUUGUACAUAGAAUCUAAAUAUGCACCAUAUAUUCCAUAUAAGACCGUAUAUAUUAUAUACUACCUAUUCGAAGAAACUUAAUUUUUCCAUUUUUUCAGUACCCAGUAGUAGUAGUUUACUUUUUGAAGUUGAAUGAGGCUUUAACCAAAUUUAGUACCGUUCAGAAUCGUUUUUUUUAACGCGAUUAUUAAUCAUGUUUUUAAA